UUUAAAUUAUGAUCAUUACAAUUUUCUAUUUUUAGGUUGCUUUUGGGGUAACCACGGGGCCUCCAAAUCACUAGCCUUAAGACAAGCUCUCAUAUUCCUUGGACAUGCAAACGUCCUUUCGUCUCUCCCUGUGGGACUCUUCGCACCUGAACUCUUCGUUGGCACGGUCUGUCUUAACCUAAUCUCUCUCUCUCUCAACUAACCCACCUGAUUAGGAAAAAGAAAAGGUAUACUAAAAUAUAAAUAGAAAGCAAGAAGAGAGUACCCAACAACAACUCAAAGUCGACCCCUUCUUUUGUGGGUGCCAGUCUAAUAUGGCUUCCCAUACUCAUAGAAUACAACCAUAUUCAAACCCCUCCCAUUACCCUUUCCAUUGCCACAUUAUCCUUCACCCUCUCCAGCACAACCCAUUUCCCUUUAAUUCCCAGGUAAUUCCAAGAAGAUCGCGUCGAAGUCAAUUUUAAAGGGAUUUGAAGAAUUCGAAGUGGUUUUGAUCUCAUUUGUGAAGCACUUUAAUUUGUUAAGGUUGCACGAGAGAAGCUUUAAUGGGUUUACCUGAUCAUGAUCAAUGGCUAUCCGGUUCUGCAAUUCAGGAACUGAUCAACAUAAAAGACAGGAAAAUGCUUUACUGGUAAAGUCGAUGGGCUUCUGCAAAAGCUGGUAUUACAUCAUCUGGGUGAUGUUUUCUUUGUCAUUGUCAUCGUUUGCUCGAGGCUCAAACGAUUAUGACCUUGACUCUUUAAAUGCUUUUAUUCAUGAUCAUGCAAAUAAAUCUCUAGGAAAUCCUCGUACAGGGAUUCUAUACAAUAUUUCCCUCCCUGCAAACUUCUCAGGCAUGGAAGUCUCAGCUAUCAGACUCCGAAGUGGGCAGUUUUGGGCCAAAGGAAAGAACAUUAGCCUCUUCCAAUUCCCACCAAAGAUUCGACCAAAGCCUUAUGCGAAAAGGAUAGCCAUUCUGUGUCAAAACCUCGGCAACUGGUCUUCUUAUUACCAUGACGUGCCUGGCUAUAGAUUGGUUGCUCCUGUGGUCGGAUUCGUGGCAUAUGAUUCUUCUAAUUCAAGCACCUUAGGCAAUCUUAAGGUCAACUUCAGCGUCAAGGGGAACCCUAUUUCAGUUCAUUUUUCUCAUCAUAUUGUGCUUGGAGGAAAGGAUUUGACACCAAAAUGUGUCAAAUUUGGUGCAGAUGGAUCGUUUACACUGAAGGACAUGAAUAAGUCUUACGUUUGUGUUUCACGAAGUGCAGGUCAUUUUUCUGUUGUUGUACCAAAGAAACAUGAUCAGAGUAUUCUGAAAUUUUGGGUGCUUGGAUUCGGGCUAGGAUUCGUUGUGCUGGUUCUAGGGGGCUUGGUUUUGGCAGCCAUCUUCAGACUGCUAAGGAGGAGGAAGAUCGUGAAAAUGGAGCAGCAGACUGAAAGAGGAGUAGCUUUCGACACAUUUUGGAUUGGAGGGAGUAAAUUGCCUUCUGCAUCAAUGAUUAGAACUCAGCCAGCCCUUGAGAAUGAAUACGUUCCUUGAUUGAUCACAUGAAUUUGAUUUAAUUGUACAUAUUUUUUCUUUUUUUCUUUUUUUCUUUUUUGUUGGUCCAGAAAUUUCUUCAGUUCCCACUAUUUACAGGUGGAGAUACCUUUGUUUCCUUUCCUGCCUUUUUAACUGCCAAAGAAAAGCGAUUAGUAGUUUACUCA